UAGGAAUAGAAGAAUAAGAAAAAGGAGGAAAGCAGUUCAAACAGUUGAUUGCAUAUUUGUGCGGGCAUGUGUGAUACAUGCAUGCUAACUAAAUAUUAAUCUAGAUGCAAUAUCUGCCACAAUGCAGCACUGUAAUCGGGAUUUUAAAACAGCUGAUGUCCACUGAAAACUGUAAUCAGUGUGUGAGAGGGCGUGUCGGUGUAUGUGUACACUGGAGAAUUCACAGGAAAAGCAGUGGGAAGAAUUUAACAAACGUCACUUAGCCAGGACAGCAACAACAUUCGGACAUGACGGGGCUGAAAGCAUAUCUGUUGCUGAUUAUGAAAAAGAGGAUGCUUCCUAAAACAGCACUAUGAACCCUAACAUCAUCGCCUGGAUCCUGACCAUUUCGUCUGUCCUCAUCAUUGGCACCAACCUCCUGAUUGCAGCAGCCCUGCUGCUCCUUAUUCAGAAAAAGGGGAGCAUGAACUGGUACUUUGUGCUGAACCUGGCUGUGGCCGAUAUCCUAGUGGGAAUCGGCAUAACUGGGAUCGCCACAGAGCUCUUCAAUGCCCAUGCCUCUAUGACACAUAAGACCGGAUGCCUCUUGCGCAUGGCCUGUGUGACAUCUCCCUGCGCUGCCUCCAUCCUCACCAUGUUUUUGAUUGCCUUCGACCGCUACCUGGCCAUCAAGCUGCCCCUCCGGUACAUUAACAUCAUGACCACCCGCACACUGGCUGCAUGCCUCUCUGGUCUGUGGUUAUUCUCCUUCUUGGUGGGGUUUUUGCCCGUGAUGGUGAAGGAUCUCCAGAAUGAGCAACACUAUGACGGUUUCUGUGCCUUCUUCUUAGUGGUGCGCCCCAAGGACACGAUUAUUGUCUUCUGCGUGGCAUUUUUUCCUGUCUUCUUGGUCUUCAUAUUCUUCUACUGUGACAUCUUAAAGAUUGCUUACUCGCACGAGCGGCAGAUCAGAGAGGCUCAACGUGCAGGCUCCCACCGAGCUCAGACUGGACACUACACAAGAGACAUGAAAGCCCUGCGGACAGUGGCUAUCCUGGUGGGCUGUUUCACCAUCUCCUGGACACCCUUCUUUAUGACCAGCGUCGUACAAGCAUUCUGUGAGGGAUGUCAUCUUUACCAAGUGAUCGAGAACUAUUUGUGGCUCAUAGGGCUUUCCAACUCUCUGCUCAACCCGCUUGUGUAUGCCUACUGGCAGCUGGAGGUAAGGGAACAGGUAGGAAUCAUGUUUGCCCAAAUGAGGGUCAGGAUCUUUCCAGCAUCUGCCACCAUUGCCAGAGUCUUCAGCGUUGCUCAUAUCCCCACAGAAAACAACCAGAGGGAAGCUGUUCCUGCAGUGUGAUCCAGACCAUUUGCUAUUCUGCAACACUCAGUAAUGGAACCUGGACAAAGAACCAAAAGAACAUUUGCAAACACUUGUCUUAAAAGGAGCUCUGAUUAGUUUGUGCUGAACACACUGGGUUGGCUCAGUGUUUUAGCCCCUUACAGAGACUUCAUCUUAAUAGCUGGAACCUGGGUUAAAAUCCAGCACAGAUGAAGCAAAAUGUAGCUCAGGGAACAGAAGUAAACCUUAAGGCCCAACUAAGAAUUCAUAUUUAUCCAUAAAGCUGUUGUUAUUAUACUGAAUGUACACAAUUUGUUUCUGUAUUUUUAAUACUCCAUUUGAAAUAUUAAACAGUAAAUAUUUGUCUAUGUUCAACUUGUAUCGGUUUCUUCAUGGAAUUGUAUAGAAUAUUUUUAAAGAGGAGACGAAUAUCUAUUCAGGGAUACCAGGGUAUUUGGUAAGUAAGGGCUCUGAGUGGCUUUCACAAACGUGUGUGUUUAUUUCUGUGGCUGAACUGACCUAGUCCUUGUGGUCUGGUCCUUAUUUUGUCCUGUCUAAACAUACUCACCUAAUCCUAUUAAAAGGUAUCACAAAUAAAA